AUGGACUACUGUGGGCAGUGGGGGUCGACUAUUGAGGGCACUCCAGAUGGUGUCCUUGCAGAGGUGUUCAGAUUGUUGCCAUUCUCAGAAAGGCUCUCGGUUGUCCCACUGGUCUGCAAGGCAUGGAACAGAGUUGCACAAAAGGACUCGAAGGUCUGGCAGUCGUGCUGCCUAGACAGCAAGGACCUCAUGAAGCGUAGCAGCAGGAGGAUCGACUGGCGGCGCGCGGUGAGCUGGCUGGCCAGGGUACCAACAUCGAUGGAGAAGCUGCGUGUUCAUGGGAUAGACUUCAGAGCACCAGAUGUGGGUGUGCAUGUGCUGCCCCUGCUGCUGGGCAUCCUCGCCAAGUCGCUGCUGGCUCUGGAGCUGAAAGGGUGCCGCUUCCACAGCAGCACGUGGGACGCCCUGCCGUGCCUGCAGAUUUUGAAGGUGCUCAAAGUUGAACUGCCAGCCGAUGCUUCAGAGGGGAGGCUGGACUGGGAGACCAUCGCGUCGCUGUCAGGCCUGAAAAAUCUGAGGUCAUUGACGGUCCAUUUUUCGGCUGACCCAUAUCGGAAUUUUGAUGAGCGGAAUGUUGAUGGUGUUGUAUCGAUCGGCUUCCCCCAGAGGCUGCAGGAGCUGCGACUUCACAGGUGUGGCAAAGUGGAUGCAGUUUUUGCGACAGGAGCCUUUGCCAACUGGUCCGACAUGAGGGUGCUUUCGCUGCUGGACACGGAUGUCCGAUGCAUGCCUGAGGCAGUGUCCUCGCUCACCAGGCUGGAGUACUUGAGCCUCAACCUCGCAGGCAGCGAACACAGGGACCCCUGGAAGCUGCCAUACACAUUGACCACACUGACCUGCCUGAAAUGCCUCGAGUUGGAGGGCCAUGGCUUCAGGUCGUUUCCCGUGGGGGUCGUGUCCAAGAUGACAUGGCUGGAAGACCUUGACCUGACGGGCAUCGGGAUGGCAGACACGGACCAGAUCGAAUCCCUACUGCGGCGGCUCAUCCCUGAGCUUGGCCUCCUCGUUCGCCUUGGCCUGCAGCUCAACAGCCUCACCAGGGUGCCCGGGCCCCUGCUGCCAAUGAACAAGCUCACCCGUCUAGAUCUGCGCCAGAAUCGGCUCGAGUCACUGCCCCCAGGCCCGUAUGUGGAGAAUUUGGUGCAGGUAAUGCUGGCCGACAACAGGUUUGUCAAUGUGCCGACGGUGCUGCGAGAUGCCACUGGGCUGGAACUGCUGGAUCUGGAAGACAAUCCCGAGCUGGUGUUCUUGGAGGGGGAUGUGGAGUUCGUGUUGGGCAUGGCAUGCCUGCGGUACUUGGGGUUGGGCAGCAAGGACAAGCGCUGGAGCCAGGAGUCCACGGAGAACCUGUGCAGCCUUGCGCGGAGGGCAGACAGCAGGCUGAAAAUAGAUUUCUGCCGGUGA